AUUGAAGAAGCGUUGGAAGGACAUUAGCUGGUUUCGAUGCGGCGCACACACGUUUCUUCUGACAGACACAUUCCCCUGAACCCUCGUUAGUCCUGCCUCUGUGACCAGUAUCACUAUAUUAUUAAGCUUACCGUCUUCAAACUAUAGUAGGUUAACGACGCCGCCAUGGGGUUUCUGCUGUCUAAAUCCAUGGACGAAAACAUUAGAAAGCAGCAGGAGUUCAUGCUGCACAACUCCAGGCUGCAGGUGAGUGAAGGUACACACACUCACAUAGUGUCAGGAGUCCUCCAACCGGUGGUCCCUUCCCCCUUUCUCUCUCUCUCCCCCUCGUUUCCUGUCACUCUGCAGAGGUCACUAUUACAGAGGAUGUGUGCACUCAUGUCUUUACUCCAUUAUGUAGACUGGGAGGCUGAGAGUAUCAUGGCAUCUGAACACGACCGUCUGGACAUGCCUCAAGGGACUCCAAGUUUCGAUAGCAUAGAGAAGGUCCGCCGCGCUCGAAGCAGCCUCAGCUCCCUCCUGGAGAAAUGAUGUGUUGAUUUGAGACAAAAUCAUAAUCGUCCAGCCGACGCAUUCACCCGAUCUGCUUUUGCUUAAUUAUGGAAAAAAUGUUUAUCAACUGCCUUUUUUGACGUUAUUGAGUCUAUGGUUUGCACUAAUUAUGUAUCAUGGACGUCAACUCAAAUUAGUCUCAAUAUUAAUGAAUAUGAAAUAAUGAUGUUGUUUUUGUGGUAAUUAUUAGAGGUGCAUCAGUAGCCAAGCACUUUGUGCUUUAUUUAUAUCAGAUGCAAAAUGCCAAUAAAAAUACUUGAGUUAGUUACUGUCGGUACACUGUCAGUACUGUAGUGUGUCAUAAAAAAUCUACAUUUGUAUUGAUUUCAUUUAACCAUUGUAACAUAAUCCACUCGGAGACUAAAGCACACUGAGACAAUAGCUGUGUCCCAAAUUCAGUCUACAUACUAAAUCUUUACAGUAUGUACUAAAUAUGUAUCGUGGUAUAAUACUUUACCACUUGGUACACAAAAAUACCAACAUACUUUUAAACUACAGGAAAUUACACAGUACAUAACGGAUGUCAAUCAAUCAUGAGAAGAUACUGCCAAUUAAACUUCAUAAAAAGACACCAAAAUGUUUUUGCUAUUUUGAUUUUAAUUAUUUUGUUUUGUUUCUCAAAGAUUUUUUGGAGCUGUUUCACCAGCAUUUACAAAUUAUUUAUUUAUUUAUUUUUCAACUUUGUGCAUUACUAAUGCACUCAAAAAUGGUAAAUUUAGUUUGCAUGCUGCAUGGUUUGUGUAUACUUUAUUUUGUCACUUUUCCGGCCUGUUAAAAAGCAGCAUAGACUCAUUAUGUAGUAUGGAGUUUGGACACUGCGUACAGUAUGUCUCAACAAAUUGUUUUAUGUGUAUUGUUAAUUAUGUUCUUAGUUAAAGUUGCAGGAAGGGAUGUUUGACCACUAGAGGGCAUAAAGACUCUUAAACACACUCACAGUAACAUAAGCCUUACAAAGUCUGAGCUUAACGAGGUCAUGUUUUAGCAAACAGUUGCCUACAUGCGGACACAAAGCAACAUGAAAAUCUCAUUGGCGUAUAUUUACUGGCUGUCUGACACGUACAAAUGCAAUAUUUAAAUGCUUUUAGCUCUAGUUCUAUUAACAGAGACACAUAUUGGAUAUUUGUGACAGCAGAAGAUUGUAAUUCCCUCAACCUGUUCAUUUGCUAAGGUUGAAUUUUAGUGCUAAGGAGCUUUAUGCCAAAGCUGUAGUUAGCACUGGUGCACCUGUAACUUUUAUUUUUAUUAUCACAGUAGUUUUCAGUGGAUUUAAAAUAUUACGAGGCACUAAUAUUUAUGCAUUCUGUAUUUACAAUCGUUUUAACUUUCGUUUGACAUCAUGGAAACUAUAUUUAUAAAUCCAAUAAACAGAAAUAUUGCUUUCUCUUA